AUAACAUAGGGAAUGGGUGGGCAGAGGACGAGAUGAGAGCAGAAGAACUGUUAUGCAGAGAGAAAUUUUGCUAAUAUGAACAGAAGUUGCUUCUGUUGGUAUUUGUGAUAUUUUUGUAGAUUUUCUUUGAUCAAAGAAGACUAAUAAACUUGAAUGCAAGAAAAUGCUUGUUGUUUUUAUAGGUGAGCCAUGGCAGACUUUAUUUUUCCUACUCAAAGCAAUAAUAAAAAUCCUAGUAGUUUGAAUGUACAGUUCAGAAAUAUAUAACUCAGCUAUGUCUUGUUGAAAAGUAUAGAGUCUUUGUCCUCGUGAGUCCAGGGCAUAAUCACAUUAGACAAAAUCCAAGUUUGAAAGAAGAACAUUAACAUACAGGUUUUUAGAGGGUUCUGAGGUCUUUUCCUUUUAACUCACUAAAAUGGAAGCUGCGUAAAAGUUAUUAAAGGGAUCUGUCAAAUAAAGAUGGCUAAAUGUUCUUAACUAGUGUUACAGAUGAUUACUAGGAGAUACUUUAUCUUCUUUUUGCUUUUUAUGUGUGCAGGCGCUUUUUUGGUAUUUAAAACUGUUUGGCUAUUACAGUUGUUAGUAUAUUAAAACAUAAUCCUUAAAUUAAACGCAUUUUAUUCAGACAACAGGAAGUUUAAGUUUGGAAGUUGCCUCUUGCAUGCAUGGACUCCUCAAUGAGAAGUGUGUGGCAUACUUUUUCUCUUUAUUUAAGUUUGUUUAAUAAAAUUAAAAGCGAAUGAAAGCAUGCUCAGUCCUGUUUAAACUUAACACUGCAGUUGGUCUGAUAAUACCAACUAUAAAGCUGGACGUGUUGCAGUGCCGACUGCGCUGGUGUUAUCAAUGAGAGUUUGGGGGAGUUUUGGGUCAUUGAGGGUCAGAAAAAUCCUCUCCCUCCCCUGGCCUAUUUAAAAAUGCUAGGGACAGGAGAGGACCUUUAGCAAGAACAGUUGGACAGAUAAACUUUUUUCAUUUAAAGUAGCAGCAACAAAGGUGUGAAUAAUUCUAGCAUUAAUGUAUACAAGGGGAUAGUAAAGCCAUUGUAAAAUACUAAGUUCAUGUCCAUAUGUUAAUAAAUAGAAACAUGGCUCUUAGGGGAAUUAAGGUCAUGGCACUCUCUGAUCACCUUGGGUGUUCUGUUUUAAACCUCUUGAUUGCACUUCGUUGUAACUAGACUUCAUAACUUUGUAACAUGCAUUUAAGCAGCCAGUCUUGGUGGCAGAGAGUAAAAGCUUUUGUCCUGCAUUGUAUGAAUUAGGUGAUAAUGCAGCCUCUGUUUACUGAUUCAGUUGCUCAAAGCUGUUUUCAAAUGCAAGCUAAAAGCAGAAGUACUAGUUAGUUUACUGAGCAGCCUUUCUUAGGCCUUGGGGGGAAGUGUGGCAGAGAGAUGUGGUCAAGACCGUUAGUCCUGAGUUGGAGGUAGCAAACCUGACUGGAGCUAGACUGACUUCUGCAGCAUCUCCUCGGAGUUAGCACAUGGUGAUCCCAGUGAAUUCUCACCGACAUCUCCAUCCGAUGAUUGAUUUGGAUACUAUUGAUGUCAGCAAUCUCAACAGGCAGUUUUUGUUUCAAAAGAAACAUGUUGGAAGAUCAAAAUCGCAGGUUGCCAAGGAAAGCGUCUUACAGUUUUAUCCAGAAGCUAAUAUUAUAGCUUACCAUGAUAGCAUCAUGAACCCAGACUACAAUGUAGAGUUCUUCCGCCAAUUUACCCUGGUUAUGAAUGCUUUGGAUAACAGAGCUGCCCGUAACCAUGUGAACAGGAUGUGUCUGGCUGCUGAUGUUCCUCUUAUAGAGAGUGGAACUGCAGGCUACCUUGGACAAGUAACAGUUAUUAAAAAGGGAGUGACAGAAUGUUAUGAAUGUCAUCCUAAACCAACUCAGAAGACUUUUCCAGGCUGCACAAUCCGCAAUACGCCAUCAGAACCUAUCCACUGCAUUGUGUGGGCUAAGUAUUUGUUCAACCAGCUCUUUGGAGAAGAAGAUGCUGAUCAAGAAGUCUCUCCUGACAGAGCUGAUCCUGAAGCUGCCUGGGAGCCAGCAGAAGCAGAAGCCAGAGCACGAGCAUCCAAUGAAGAUGGUGAGAUUAAACGUGUUUCAACUAAGGAGUGGGCUAAAUCAACUGGAUACGAUCCAGUUAAACUUUUUACUAAGCUCUUCAAAGAUGACAUUAGAUAUCUGCUGACAAUGGAUAAGCUGUGGAGAAAAAGAAAGCCUCCAGUGCCACUGGACUGGGCUGAGGUACAGAAUCAAGAGAAAAAUGUAGCUGACCAACAAAAUGAGACCUCAGCAGUCUUGAAAGAUCAGCAGGUCCUGGAUGUAAAGAGCUAUGCACAUUUAUUUUCAAAGAGUGUUGAAACCCUGAGACUUCACCUAGCUGAGAAAGGUGAUGGAGCAGAGCUUAUAUGGGAUAAGGAUGACCCGUCUGCAAUGGAUUUUGUCACUUCUGCUGCAAACCUCAGGAUGCAUGUUUUCAGUAUGAAUAUGAAGAGCAGAUUUGACAUCAAAUCAAUGGCAGGAAAUAUUAUCCCAGCUAUAGCUACUACUAAUGCAGUAAUAGCUGGUCUGAUAGUGCUGGAGGGUUUGAAGAUUUUAUCAGGAAAAAUAGAUCAGUGUAGAACGAUUUUUCUGAAUAAGCAACCAAAUCCCAGAAAGAAGCUAUUGGUUCCUUGUGCUUUGGAUCCACCAAAUCCUAACUGUUAUGUUUGUGCAAGUAAGCCAGAAGUGACUGUGAAACUUAAUGUACACAAAGUAACUGUGUUAACACUCCAAGAUAAGAUAGUGAAAGAAAAAUUUGCUAUGGUAGCACCAGAUGUACAAAUAGAUGAUGGGAAAGGAACUAUUCUUAUCUCUUCAGAAGAAGGAGAAACAGAAGCAAAUAACCAUAGGAAAUUAUCAGACUUUGGAAUUCGAAAUGGCACUCGACUACAAGCAGAUGAUUUCCUCCAGGACUAUACACUGUUAAUAAAUGUGCUUCAUAGUGAAGACCUUGAAAAAGAUGUAGAAUUUGAAGUUGUUGGUGAUGCCCCUGAAAAAGUUGGCCCUAAACCACCAGAAACAACACCCAGGAACAUUACCAAUGGUAGUGAUGAUGGAGCGCAACCAUCAACGUCAACAGCUCCAGAUCAAGAUGAUCUAUUGAUUGUUGAUUCUGAAGAUGAAGGUCCUUCAAGCAACAUUGAUGAUGAUACGGCAAAUAAAAGCCAAAAGCGAAAACUUGAAGAUAAAGAGUGCAUCAGUGCUAAGAGAGUGCGUACAGAGCAGACAGAAGAGCAAGAUGAAAUUAUAGCAUUAGACUGAAUAUGCAAAUGCCCCUUGACAGAAUAAUUCAGAUAAUGUAAUACAGUAACAGCAUAUUACCUUGGGGGUGUGAAAAAUGUCCAGACUAGACUAAUUUUAAGACCUUUGUUCCAAGGGAAUACUAAACCACUGGCUUAAAUAAUUUGUGUCUGUUCCUCUUGAUGAUAAAGCUUUCAUCUCAAUAGACUCUUUAGAAGUUUUUCCAUAUGGUAUAUUAAACAUAGUGGAAACAUAGUCUAUAAAAGCUUACACAUAAGUAUUUGCGUAAAAGGUCAUGAGAAAAAAAAAAACAUGUUAUUUUUGUGUAAAUACCUUUUAGGUAUAAUUCAAUAGAACAAAGAAAAGAACCCUGGUUUAGUAAAGGGUCAUCAUUUGAUACCUAACUUUAUAAGUAACCUUUUCCUUUUUUUUUUCUUUUCUUUUAUUUUCUUCUUCUUCUUCUUUUUUUUUUUUUUGCUUGCUUGAAGAAAAGUAUUUUAGCCUAGUCCUAAAUAUUUUUCACACCCUGAACUCAAGUAAAGGACAAAAUUCACUAAAGCAAAUUAGUGCCAUGUUUUAACAGUGUUCUUAAACUUCAACUGGCACUAUGUACAUUACUGUAAAACUGUUAAUUUACUCAAGUUUUUCAGCUCGUACUGCCUGGUAUGUCAGUGUAAGAAGCAAAUUUUUGUGUAUUGUUACAGUUUCAGGUUAUUUAUAUUUGAUGUUUUGUAAACUCAGAUACUACUACUAUACUGUACAUCUGAUGGACCAAAUAAAUGACAUCUGAAAUACUUGCUAUAUUUGCUUGCACAGUCCAAGUUAACGCUGAUUUAUGGGAUUUUACAAUGUAUAGCCUUCAAAAAUUACUGUACUAUUUCAAUUUUUUUAAACCUAACCUAGCAGUACAGAACUUAAGCUUCACUUGUUUGAGGUGAAAGGGGAUUUUUUUAAUAAAACUUUUGUGAAUGUU